AUGCCGUCCUACAACCGGCCAUUCUACAACGUGCAGUCCGAGUACUGUCCUCCUCUAGACCCUGCGCUGCUUUCCGCGAUCCUUUCCGACUACGACUUGACCGAAGAAAGCAAUGUACAAGAAGCACGAGCCACAUUGGAUUCGUUGAAGGAGUCGGCGUUGUCGGAAGAAGAGCUCGGGUUUGAUGCCUCAGGGACUGGCGGAAGAGAGCAUGGCAGUGUCGACGAGCGAGCUGAGUCGGGUCGAGAUAGCGCAUCAGUGUCAAGAUACACGGACUUGUCGAGUGUGUCUCAUGGGAUCGCUUCGUUGAAUCUGGAGCAGUCGGCGCAUGAUGGCUCCGAAAAUGGCAGCACAGAAGACUUGGAGAACCUGAGCGAAGAGGAUAAGAUCUCCACUCUCGUUGCCGUCUUUGAGGGUCGCGUAACUCGAUACAGCGUUCAACACACUCUCAAGAAGUGCAAUGGGAAAUGGCACCCUGCGAUGGAAGAACUGCUCAACCAUGUCUAUCUCAACGACACUGAAGGCAGCUCCGACGAGAAGAAAGUCUCGACUAAGAGUAUCGACGCCUUCUCAGAGGAGAACAUCCACCGAAGAGGUCGAAAGGGUAAGAACCGGCAGAAGGCUCUCCGAGUCCGCGACAUCAACAGCGCAUCCUCCACUCCAGAAGGAUCUCCCGCUCCGAGCACGAACCGGUGGCAGUCUUCUGCUCAAGACAUCGACUUCAUCGCAUCACGAGUCUCAACACCCCGCGCGACCAUCGCAUCGAUUUACAGCAAAAACAACUCUUCCCUUCCCAAAACCAUCGCCGCCGUCCUCAAGCUCGAACGCGCAGACGACUUCAGCCAACCACUCUCCGAUCCUCUCAUGAUCGCCAACGCUCACGACCUACAAUCCGACUUCUCCUCUUUAUCCCAAGCUUAUAUCAAUGCCCUCGUUUUCACCACUCACCCGUCUCUCGCCACUGCUAGCGACCUUGCAGCCGCCCUGACCCGACCGCCCUCGCCUCCAACAAAUGGAGUAGGAAUUCAAAUCAUCCCGCAAUACACGAAACCCAUCCUCGACUUCUCCGACGACGACCAUCUCCCCGUCAGAUCCUCCCGACCAGUCUCCUCCAUCUCCCAUUCCGACUCCACCGCUCUCGCCGGAAUCUAUGCGCAAUCUCGCUCACUCGCACUUGAACAAGCCCGCGCCGCACAUCGUCGCGCCAAGUCCAAUCGCCUCAUGUCUGGUGCGGCGGCUUACUACCAUCAAGAAGCUUCCAAUUACUCCUCCCUCUCCUCUGCCGCCACUGCUUCUGCGGCAGAUCAUCUCGCUUCCAGCCAAUCGACCGCGACGAGCGUUGAUUUGCACGGGAUUGACGUGCUGAACGGAGUGAGGAUCGCGAGGGAGAGAGUUGAAGCUUGGUGGAAUGGGCUGGGCGAACACAGGGUGAACGGACGUGUGGGAGCGGACGGAAGAAGCGAAGGGUUCAGAGUUGUGGUUGGGAGAGGCACGCAUAGUGUGGGUGGGAAGGGAAGACUGGGACCCGCUGUUGGUGGCAUGUUGAAGAGGGAGGGGUGGAGGGUGCAGGAUGAAGGAGCGGUCUUGUGGGUGAAAGGGAGGGUGAAAUAA